AUGAGCACUGCACAAACACCAAGUAAUAUAACUCCACCUAUUCGACCAACCUUAUCAAACUCUUCCUCUUCUGACGACACACCUAUCCCGCAACGUUCUGCUCCCCCGCCACCGACUAAAUCUUCCCAUAUUUCUCAAAUGAGUAGCGGUACAUCUGGCGUAAGUCAUAACGGGAGCCUAAGGUCCUCACCAUCAUAUGGUCAACGUCGUGGCCCACCGCCCACAGGUAAGAAAUCAACCAGUAUGGGACCAUCCACCAAGCCGACUCGUGGUCCAACAACAACUACAAUAUCAACCCAGAAUUUAAAUCGAAGUCCGUCGGCUAGUGCUACAAUGGUUACAACAAAGGCGAUCAUAAAUUCACCCGAGAAUACAGUUUCUCCUACCUCACCAAAAUACAGUCAAGGGGCGAAUUAUAGUUCGAUUAAAGGGCCUCAAGGGAUUAAUGUCCAUGGGGACCCCAUACAGCCUUCUUCUAAUGAGAAAGAGGGAAAUGGAAAUAAGUCCACAAUUAAAGGAGUUUUUAAUAAUUUUGUUAACCUUCUAACAACACAAAAAAAGUUUGAAAUUUCUUCACCAUAUGAUCCGGUACAUUUAACUCACGUUGGAUUCAAUCAAGAGACAGGAGAAUUUACGGGUUUGCCAAAAGAUUGGCAACAAUUAUUACAGGAAUCUGGUAUAUCAAAACAAGACCAACAAGCACAUCCACAAGCUGUGCUGGAAAUUGUCAAAUUUUAUCAAGAUACUGCUGGAGGUGUUAAUAAUAAUACUGUAUGGGAGAAAUUUAAUCAUGCAAAAGUCCCUAGUACAUCACCACCGACAAGUUUACCAACUUCGCCGCGUAUGACCGAGAAAGCAUUCGAAAAUCCUAGAGUGGCACCAGCACCACCGGAUUUAAAGAAAAAGCCACCACCACCUGUGGUACCAGCAAGACCUCAUAAUAGCUCUACAACAAUAACAUCGCCAGAACCUCCUAGACUUCCUCCAAUAACUCCUUUGCCGCCACUUGAGAGUCGUCAUCCUGCUCCAACUCCUCCUCCCAAGCCAACUACCAAACCAUCACGUAAAGAUCCCACUCAAGCACCUUUAGUCCCUGCACCACCUAAAGUACCUCCGCCAGUACUCAGCUCUAGCCCAAUAGUGGCAAAACCGCAACAACAUGGUGGUAGUACACGACGAAGGGAACCACGCAAAGGAGCCAAAGAAUCAGCGGACGUAAUUGAGCGAUUGAAGGCUAUUUGUACAGACGCAGAUCCUACAAAAUUAUACAGAAAUCUUGUAAAAAUUGGUCAAGGUGCAUCAGGUGGUGUUUAUACAGCAUAUCAAGUCGGAACCAAUCUUUCAGUAGCUAUUAAACAAAUGAAUCUUGAACAACAACCGAAAAAAGAUUUAAUUAUCAAUGAAAUUUUGGUUAUGAAAGAGUCGCGACACCGAAAUAUUGUCAAUUACAUAGACAGUUUCUUAUGGAAGGGCGAUCUUUGGGUGGUGAUGGAAUACAUGGAAGGUGGUAGUUUAACGGAUGUUGUAACAAGUAAUAUAAUGACAGAAGGUCAAAUUGCUGCUGUCUCAAGAGAGACACUGGAAGGUUUAGCACAUUUACAUUCUAAGGGAGUCAUUCACAGAGAUAUCAAAAGCGACAACGUUCUACUAGCAUUAAACGGGGAUAUUAAAUUGACCGAUUUCGGAUUUUGUGCGCAAAUCAAUGAAUUACACAGCAAACGCACCACGAUGGUAGGUACGCCAUAUUGGAUGGCACCUGAAGUUGUGACACGUAAAGAAUAUGGACCGAAAGUAGAUAUUUGGUCGUUAGGAAUUAUGGCAAUCGAGAUGGUAGAGGGUGAGCCGCCAUAUUUAAACGAGAAUCCGCUGAGGGCUUUAUAUUUGAUUGCAACAAAUGGAACACCUCAGUUACAAAAUCCAGAAAGUCUGUCACUUGUUUUCCGUGACUUUUUGAACAAGUCGUUAGAAGUGGAUGCUGAAAAACGGCCAACCGCACUUGAGCUACUUAAGCAUCCAUUUUUGCAAAAAGCAGAACCACUUAGAUCGCUUGCACCACUAAUCAGAGCUGCGAGAGAAAAUUCGAAAAG